CUUUACAAAAUAGAAAGUUUUAGAUACAUUUAAUACAAGAUUACAAAAAAAAUAUAAAAAUAUUAUGGUUGUGUUAGUUCCUAUAAUCAUUUAUGGUUUUUUACAGUUCGACGAAAUCAAAAUAUUACCGUAAAAUUUGAAGAAAGUUUUUCCUUGAAAUGAGGCAUAACCCGUGCCAUUUUCCCACGAGGUAAAGGUUGUGAAGAAAUCAAUUGCUCAUAAUUCACGCCGUUGAUUGCAAAUCAUAUCAAUGAUAAUAGCGUACAAUAUAGGUAAUGGCAUUAGCAUACAUACAUCCAAUGCUGUUUAUUGACCGCUACCAUCCGACAAAACUUUAAAAUGUCACUUUAUUAUUUAUAAGGUUAGAUUAUAAUUACAUAAUUUUUGUGAUAAAGGUAUAUAUUACUAUAUUUCAAAUUCAAAAAGUUAGACGUCACUAGCAAUAUAAACGGAAAGAAUAAAACUGUUCGUGCAACCAAAUUAGUUAAUGUUUUAGUUGAAAGUGUUCGUAUAUUUUAUCUUAAUCACUAUUCCUAGCUAUCAUUAAUAACUGUUACAAUAUAAUUCCGCUAAGCAAACAAAUAAAAAUGUGGUAAUAUAUAUGGUAUUAAUUUCCCGUAAGUCAAAGUCUAAAGUGAUGUUAUAACUGAUACCAAAGUUAUUAACGACGCAGCCAAAAUAAAAACUACCAAGUCCACUACCAUUAUAUGCGUCACAAGAUGGAACAGUUUAACAAACAAAACAUCCAUUUUUUUUAGGUACAAAUAUAACACAAUACAAAUCAACCUUUUAUUUUUUAUUAUAUAGUUUAACUCAAUUCACAAUCACAUAAUUCAUUAAGAUGGGAAACCAAAUCUCAUUCCGUCCCUCCGAUUCAACAGGUAAAGUUGUUUUCUUAGAUGGUUCGAUUCAUCAAUUUGAUGAACAAAUAACAGUAGCAGAAUUAAUGUUAGAACAUCCACAACAAGUAGUAGUUGAAUUUCAUUCAGCUGUGAAUCAGAAAAGACCAACACCAUUGCCUGCUGACAAGAAGCUAGACAUGAACAAGAUAUAUAUGAUGAUUCCAGUGAAGCAAGGGAAGGCUAUUGGAUUAAGCCCUGAAGAAACACGCCGCAUUCUGUUGAUUGUUAACUCUGUUUUGAAUUCUAAUUAUGUCUUGUGUUCUUCUAAGUUUCUUCCAUGGUUUAGUAGUUUAUGUCAUAAAAGUGAAAUUGUGGAGCCUGUGGUGGCUAAGGGGAAGGAAGAAAUAGGAGAGAUGAAGGGAGAGAGAUGCGAUUUUUCGGAGAUUUCGUCGGAGAUAUUGGAUGGGAGGCCUGAGUAUUUGAAUAGGCAGAUUUCAGGGAAGGGGUGGAAGCCAAGUUUGGAUACUAUUAAGGAGAAAAAUGUUGAGAGAAAAAAACGUACUCAUUGGUUGUUUCUCAAGAGUUUUUAGUAGUACUAACAUGCUUUUAAAUCGUACUUGUGUCGCACUUGUGGUUAUGCAAACAUUCAUAUUGUAGAAAGAAGUAAAAGCAAAUGUGCCUUAAAUUGAGGGUAUAAUAUCGUUGUAAAGACUUCCAAAUCUGCAAUAUUAUGAAAUCAAUUGCGAUUGAAAACUAUAAUUUAAAAUCUAUUUAUUGUUUUUAAUUUUGGUUAGCCUUUGUGUGGUGUAUUAUGUCUAGAAAUGUUUAUGAGGAUACCUCUU